GUGUCGGCAGGUGGAGGGAGAAGGGAAAGUUUGGCCCGUGCGUGGGGCUGGGUGGAGGGCGGGACAGAGGGGUUGGGCCCAGGCGAAGCUCCUGUCGCUGCUGCAGCGGAGGCCGAGGCCGGGACGUGGGCCGGGCGGGGGAGUGCCGGCCGCGGAGGAGCAGGACGCUAGGUCGGCCGGCACUUCGAGCCCCCAGCCGCUCUGCCGCGCGGCCACCCCGCGCCCAGGCGCCGUCCGACCCGUGGCUGUUCCCGAGGCGGUUGGUGGGGGCGCGGCAGCAGCGGUUGGGGGUGGGGAGAGGCGCGGCGAGGAGACGAGAGGUCAGCGAGUUUGAGGGAGGACUGAGUGCCCGGCCGCCGUCAUGUCCGAGGACUCGAGCGCCCUGCCCUGGUCCAUCAACAGGGACGAUUACGAGCUGCAGGAGGUGAUAGGGAGUGGAGCAACAGCUGUGGUCCAAGCAGCAUAUUGUAUCCCUAAAAAGGAGAAAGUGGCAAUCAAACGGAUAAACCUCGAGAAAUGUCAAACUAGCAUGGAUGAACUCCUGAAAGAAAUUCAAGCCAUGAGUCAGUGCCAUCAUCCCAAUAUUGUGUCUUACUACACAUCUUUUGUGGUAAAAGAUGAGCUGUGGCUAGUCAUGAAGCUGCUAAGUGGAGGUUCUGUUCUGGAUAUUAUUAAGCACAUUGUGGCAAAGGGGGAACAUAAAAGUGGAGUCCUAGAUGAAGCUACCAUUGCUACAGUACUCAGAGAAGUGCUGGAGGGGUUGGAAUACCUGCAUAAAAAUGGACAGAUUCACAGAGAUGUGAAAGCUGGAAAUAUUCUUCUUGGAGAAGAUGGCUCAGUACAGAUUGCAGACUUUGGGGUUAGUGCUUUUUUAGCAACUGGUGGUGAUAUUACCCGAAAUAAAGUGAGAAAGACCUUUGUUGGAACCCCUUGCUGGAUGGCCCCUGAAGUUAUGGAACAGGUCCGAGGUUAUGAUUUCAAAGCUGACAUCUGGAGUUUUGGGAUCACAGCGAUUGAACUGGCCACGGGGGCAGCUCCUUAUCAUAAGUACCCGCCAAUGAAGGUUUUAAUGCUGACACUGCAGAAUGAUCCUCCUUCUUUGGAAACUGGUGUUCAAGAUAAAGAAAUGCUGAAAAAAUACGGAAAAUCAUUUAGAAAAAUGAUUUCAUUGUGCCUUCAAAAGGAUCCAGAAAAAAGACCAACAGCAGCAGAACUAUUAAGGCACAAAUUUUUCCAAAAAGCAAAGAAUAAAGAAUUUCUUCAAGAAAAAAUAUUGCAGAGAGCACCAACCAUUUCUGAAAGAGCUAAAAAGGUUCGGAGAGUACCAGGUUCCAGUGGCCGUCUUCAUAAGACAGAAGAUGGUGGCUGGGAGUGGAGUGAUGAUGAAUUUGAUGAAGAAAGUGAGGAAGGGAAAGCAGCAAUUUCACAACUCAGGUCUCCCAGAGUGAAAGAAUCAUUAACAAAUUCUGAGCUGUUUUCGACAACUGAUCCUGUGAGUACUUUACUCCAAGUUCCAGAACAGAUUUCUGCUCAUCUACCUCAGCCAGCUGGGCAGAUGCCUGCACAGCCAACUCAAGUCUCUCUCCCGCCCACCGCGGAGCCAGCAAAACCAGCUCAGGCUCUGUCUUCAGGAGCAAGUUCACAAGAAACCAAGAUCCCCAUUAGUCUAGUACUAAGAUUACGGAAUUCAAAAAAAGAAUUAAAUGAUAUUCGAUUUGAAUUUACUCCUGGGAGAGAUACAGCAGAGGGUGUCUCUCAGGAACUCAUCUCCGCUGGCCUCGUUGAUGGAAGGGAUUUAGUAAUAGUGGCAGCUAAUUUGCAGAAAAUUGUGGAAGAACCCCAGUCAAAUCGAUCUGUCACUUUCAAACUGGCAUCUGGUGUCGAAGGCUCGGAUAUUCCUGAUGAUGGUAAACUAAUAGGAUUUGCCCAGCUCAGCAUCAGCUAAAACACAGCCCUGGAGGAGGCGGCCUAAGGAGAUUCCACACAUGCGUAUCUCUGUUGCUUCUGUUGGCCUAAACCCACUACUGCCAAAGAACCCAGCAACAAACCUCCCAGCUAGGAGCUUUAGAGGUCUUCCUUUAUGUUUUUUCUGCCAUCCUUCCCCCUUUUUCCACAGGAAAAGAAAAGUUGGAUCACCAGUGGCCAGCAUCCGUUUAAAGAGUUCCAUUAGUAAACUUACAGCACCUGUCCCCUGUCUCCAUCUGAGAAGUGGCCUGUGUGCCUCAAGGCCCAGGAGGGAGACCUGUCAGCUCCUCUUGCCUUACUCCAGUGGUGGCGCUGGGUGGAGAGUAGCAGCUGUAUCGGGCUUCCUCGUCUGGCUUGUCCUCCCACCCCUGACAGGACGCAGGCAUCUCGGGAUAUCUCUUUACCACUGAAGUAGCAAUUAAAAGUUGAUUGUUCAGCUGGAUCCCAGAGAAUUUAGUGGUUUUUUUUGUUUUGGGGGUUUUUCUUUUUUUCGGUAUCUGAUAUGAAUUCUAGCAGCCUUUGUUAGGAAAAAGCACAGCCUCGAUGGAGGCAGCCCAAACUGUGUUCUUGUUUUAUUCACAAUGUUUCUGAGCGUUUUGCUGAAGCUGCUCUCAGGCACCCCUCUUCAUUGCUUCCUCCAGAAAGGGUUGCUCGCCUUAACUUCAGCUGGUGCAAAACAUCUGACUGUAAUCGAACUUCAACCAUCGGAUCCUUCAAAGUGGAACUUUGGACUGUUUUUAGAGAAAACAUCAAGUAAUGGCUUGUAAAAGAGAAUCUUCCCAGCAGUGGUUUUUGAACAGGAAAAAUCGUAACUCAUAUCAUUGUGGAAGUAUUUAUUUUCAUGUCUUAAAAAGUUGAUUAAAAAAAACUGCUCCUUGAUCCUCCCAUGAAAAUCAGUUUGGCUGGCCUCCAAGUCCUGAGCAAAUGCAAGGCUGAGAUUUCUGCAGCAAUAAAGGAGGCUCACACUGGGCCGGAGAGGCCUGCCUUCUGCCCCUCUCCUGCACUGACCCUCUGGAGGGGGUCCACACUUCUGUGUGCUGAACCUGACCCAAGACGGAAAGUGAAACCACAUGUGCCAUGACUUUUAGGAUCUAUGAGUAGACAGUGCUCAUUUGAUUUUUUACAGAAAUAACAUAAAUUAUUCUUUAGGUUUAGGAAAGAGCACUCAUAAUGCAAUAUGUGAAUCAUCAGUGGGGUUGAUUUUUUUUUUUUUCCUGCUGUUUCACAGUCAGCCUUUGUCUAAUUGCAGAUAGACCUAACAAAUUUUGUAAAUGGAAGGGAUACUCAAUCUGGCCUUAUAACGACACACAAAGAUGGGCUUUGGUCCCAUUGAAAGGGGAGAGUUGCCUCUUACAGAAUCACUCGAGUCCUUUCCAGCACUGUUGGUCCAUGAAUAACAAGAUUGCUUUACCAUUUUUCUCCCGGAGCAUUUCUGAGAGCUUUCCCCACAAUGGACUUGUUACAGCUUUUGUUUCAUUCUGAGCUUGUAGUUUUAGUCAUGGGCUUUCUUCACUUGCCUGGAUACAAAGGCAUGUUGGAAAAGGGGUGGGUGUUGGAGAGGAAGGGAGGGGGUGGUUUGGGAUGGGGCCUGGGAGGAAAGUAGAUUAGAGGAUCAGACACUAAAGUCCAAGGUCCCAGCAGGAUUGGUAAAAGAAAGGAGCCUGCUGAGCCUGGAGCAAGAAAAGGAGAUUGAUCAGCUUGCUGGAAAAAUUCUGUGUUUUUCUUUUCCUUUCUUCUUUCUUCCUCUGUUUUUUUAGAGGAGGGUUGCGGGAAUAAGGACAGGAAGGUAGGAAUAAGUUACGAAAAACAGGUCGUGCCUUUGGCACAAGACAAGGGGCUUACCUUAGAGUCUGUGUUUUGGUUUCAAAUAAGCCCAUCAUCAUCUACUUAUUUAUGAAUCCAAAGGGUGGUGGCAUCACUCUGUUCUACCUUUUAUUUGGAGGUGGUUGGGAGCCCAGGCUGGGAUUAAGCAGCAUCCCAUCCCCCAAUUCAGUUUCUCCAGCUGGCCAUUACCUUUGAACUUCAGUGGGACAGGAAGGACAAUGGAAGUGGGCUGGGGCUUUCUCUUUCUCUUCCAGUCAUUUUUAUGCCCUGCUGGGAAUUAGGAGUCAGACACCACGCCCCAGGACAGUGUUAUUUCUUCUGCAUGAUGUAUGGUGGACUCCCUUUGCUGACUUGUGCAGUGAUGCUGAAAAAAAUGAGUGAACAGAAACUUCCCAGCUGGUACAGCAGGUGACCUGGUGAGCAACCUCAUUCCCUCCCAGGAGUUCAGGAUACACCUCUCCCUGAGUCCCAGGAUCCCCUGGUCCCUGGGAUAGGGACUAACUUAGCACAAGGUAAUGUGUGCCAAUGCUAUUUGUGAAACAUAUGGUCUUUCUAAAUGACUAAUGGAUUUGUUUGGGGUUUUUUGUUUAAGUUUUGAACCAAAUCCUAGAGCCAGCUGAUAUUCUAAUAAUCUGGAGGAGAGAAUUAUGGUGUAUCAAAAAAUGGAGGUUCCUCCUGAUGACGUAUGCUAGAUUAUGGAAGAUGUAAAAUAUUUCACUACCCCCCUCCUUUUUUUUUGUUGUUUUGACUUUAUACUUUUCUGCAUGUUUCAUUAAUUUUUAAUCAAUAAAGAAUAAAUUGUC